UAAUUUUUUUUCAAAGAUAUAUAUAUUUUAUUAUUAUUUAUUUAAAUUUGCACCGUAUCUUACGAUACACGAUAUGAUCCACUAUUUUUAAAAAACGAUACGCUUUCCGAUAUACGAUUUGAUAACUAUGAUAUGAAUGAUGUCUGAAAUAAAAAUUGUAUUGAACCCACAAGUUAAUCAAAAAUUAAAUGAUUUAAAUUGUCAUAGAAAUGGGUGAUGUGAUAGAAAUGAGCAAAAAAAAAUAUGUAGGGAUAAAAUUCGAAGUGCUAGAUAGAUUGAGGACUCCUUUCCCAUUCAUGUACUCCUUCUGUACAUCUUUUAUAGCAUUCUAUUGCUUCCUGUCAAAAGCAAUAUUCAUGAUUGUUAUUUUUUUGUGAACUCAAGAUUUCUUCGGCAAGGAGAUUUCCUAUGGCAGUUGGUUUUUGGUAAAGUGUUGCAAAUUUGCCUAAAGGUUCUUAGUUUUUCCGUAAAGAAAAGAAAGAUUUUUCCAUUUUUAUUUGUAUAUCCAUUUUUUUACUCCAAAACUGACAAAGAAAUGGAUAAAGAAAUGUUCCUAAUAUGCUAUACCCUUGAUGAACAAAAUAAGCUCUACUAGGACCCCUAAUGGGGAAAGUGUGCUUUUGCUGGUGGGAAAGUAGAAGAGAUGAUCAUUUUGGAUAGAUCCUGAGGUAUGAGUCAGGGGAUUCCUCAUUGGCAUAUAUGACACUUUUCAGGAUUGUUCUUCCAUGGGAAAACAGCGUUACAAGCUAUUUAGGGACUUGAUUACGUUCUCGAGUCUGUUUUGUUUGUGUCACAUUGCUCAUCUAUUUGUGGGAUUGGUUUACAAUAAAUAGAUCAAGUUUUUCCAAAGUUGCACGUCGCUUCCAUUGUGUUUGUUGAAUUCUAUCCAAAUUAUUUUCAUAUCUGAGCCAAACAAAAUGACAGUGGACCAAAACUUUGAUCCUUGGAGGAGGGCGAGUGAGCAUAGCCAAAGUAAGUAAUUUUCAAAUUCUACACUCAUCUUAACCUUAGCUCAAAAUUCCAGUUGCUUUAUUUCAGAUUAAUGACAAUCAUGAGCAUUCUUUGAGGAAGAGGUCAGCUAGCUGUAGUCAAAUCAUUAGCUCUGCUGCACGCGGGUUUCACAGGGUGGGAACUGUAUUCAAUCAUCUUGGGAUGCUUCGAACAACUGGUUCUGCUUUAGAUGAUUCUAUUCUGGCACUGCUGGAGGUGUUCUGGCCACUGCUUGAGAAACUGUUUCAGUCAGAACACGUUAGGAAUGUGAGUUUGUCCAUGGCAGCUUGCAGGGCUCUUUCACAAGCAAUUCAGUCCUCAGGCCAGCACUUUGUAACACUAUUGCCCAAAGUAUUAGAUUGUCUGUCAACAAAUUUUGCAUCAUUCCAAAGUCAUGAAUGCUACAUCAGAACAGCUUCAGUUAUUAUGGAAGAAUUUGGAAGUAUAGAAGAAUAUGGGCCUCUAUUCAUCAGCACCUUCCAAAGAUUCACUUAUGCAACAUCAAUUAUGGCUCUUAAUUCUUCAUAUGUAUGUGACCAAGAGCCCGAUCUAGUGGAGGCGUACAAUAACUUUGCGUCUAUGUUUGUUCGCCACUCCCAAAAGGAAGUAUUAGCCACUUGUGGAUCCCUCCUUGAAGUAUCCUUUCAGAAGGCAACUAUAUGUUGUACUGCCAUGCACCGGGGAGCAGCGCUAGCAUCAAUGUCAUAUAUGUCCUGUUUCUUGGAGGUCGGGCUGACCUGUUUGUUGGAAUCCAUGACUCAUAUCUGUGAAGGAACAAUUUAUGCCAUGGCGAUUCAGGUCAUAUCUCAUUGCGGUGAGGGGCUUGUAUCAAAUGUGGUAUACGCUUUACUCGGUGUUUCAGCGAUGUCAAGAGUUCACAAGUCUGCUACGAUCUUGCAACAGUUGGCUGCACUAUGCAGUUUAAGUGAGCAAACAUUAUGGAAGGCUAUUCUUUGUUGGGAAUCUUUGCAUGGAUGGUUACAUUCUGCGGUGCAGACUUUACCAGCUGAGUACCUGAAACAUGGAGAAGCUGAGUCUCUGGUGCCACUUUGGCUGAAAGCUCUUGCUAGCGCGGCUUCAGAUUAUCUUGAGACUGGAAGGUGGGAUGGGGGAAUGAAUAACCAUGGGCAUAUACAAGGGAAAGGGGGCAGAGUUCUGAAGCGUUUAGUCAGAGAAUUUGCCGAUAGUCACCGCAACCAAUCAAAUCUGACUUGAUUGGUUGUAGUAACUGCUCGCCUGAGUCAAUUCCUGUCCAACUUGCAUCUUCGUGAGGCUCAGUCUUGGGUGAUGGCACCGUGGACGCUUGCUAUAGACGUAUGGCAUGUUUUCAAGCCCGGUGAAUCUUGCGGUCUAACAACCCAACGAAAGCCCCUGCCAAAUUAUAUACAUUUCUUCCAUAACUCAUCUCUUGUACAGUAUUCCCAAUUUUGUCUGACCUUCAAAAUCUGUAAGAUGCGCUUUGGCUCAUAUUUUAAUCAUGUGCAGAAGUGGCUGGAGACGAAAACAUAAAGUACACGACAGAGGAAAUGGAAUUCAAAUUUGACACGUACAUGGUACUUUUUUUAGCAGAUACCCGUACAAUGCAAGUCCUUUGCAAAAACAAUUU